AUGGCGGCGGUCCUGAACAGCCGCGUCGGCGAUCCGGGGCGCUGGCGCUGGCGGGCGACGGCCGGGCCAGGCGACAGCGUGCUGCGGAAGCUGGUCAAGUGCGAGGGCGCGGGGGGCGGGCGGGCGUGGGUCGGGCGGCUCGGGGUGUUCGUGGCGCUGUCGGACGCGCUCGAGCUGCUCGUUCCGCGCUCGGAGAAGUACAAGCUGCGCACGAGCGGGUUCCAGGUGGUGAACAAGAGCGCGGUCAAGCGGUUGGAGCUGCCGGCGGCGCGGAAGCUGCGGCGCAGGGAGCGGCCGAAGGCGAAGGUCUUCAUCGACAAGCACUUCACUUCGCUCGAAGAGGUGGUGAUCGCGGGCGACUUCCCGCUGCACAAGCGCUGGAUCCACGAGCGCGCCGCCCGAGACCUCCGCGUGAUCAAAGUCCACCACUGCCAGGACCUCGAACGGCUGCCCACUACCAUGCGCCGGCUCGAGGUCCUCGACGUCACCGAGUGCGGGCACCUGAGUGGCGACGCCCUCGCGGCCGCGCUGAACCCCGACGUCAGGACGACCCUGCGGGUUCUACUCGCGAAGUGGGUGUGGAUACAGAAACUCCCCCCCGGCAUGGAGCGGCUCGAGGUGGUCGACGUGGAGGACUGCGCGGAGCUCGGCGAGGAGGAGGAGGAGCCAGGGGCGGCGCUCUUCCUCCCGGAGAGCUCGGGGCGGCGCGUGCGGACGCUGAAAGCGACGGAGAGCAGCCUAGCGCGGCUGCCAGAGAACAUGGAGUGCCUCGAGGAGCUCAGCGUCGACCUGUGCGCGGAGCUCGACGACGACUUCCUCCCGGAGAGCUCGGGGCGGAACAUCCGCGUCCUGAACGCCAACUCCAGCAACUUGCAGCAGCUGCCGGGCAACAUGGCGCGGCUGACGGAGCUCAACGUCGGGCACUGCGACCUGAGGACGUCGCCGCCCUGGCUGCCGCAUUCGUCGGCGAAGAGCAUCACCGUGCUGAAGAUGUGGCACGUGUACAUCGAUCGGGUGCCAGAGGGCUGCGCGAACCUCGUCAGACUUGAAGUCACGGGGUGCGACGACCUCGACGAGGACGACUGGCUCCCGGCCUCGUCCAGCCAGAAGCUGGAGGUCAUCAUCGCGGACGAGUCCUGCGUGGCCAGCCUCCCGCGCGGCCGUCUCCCAGCGAUCCGCGAGCUCCAGCUCGACAACAACGACCUCGACCCGGACUUCCUGCCCCCCGACGCGGCCCGGAGAGUGGAGAAGCUCAGCGUGCGCGGCGUGGAGAUGGAUGACCCCAACGAAGACCUGCUCCUGCCGCACAUGCGCGCGCUACGGGAGCUCAACAUCGGGGCCACGGCGCUGCGGUCCGUGUCGCUGCCGCGGGGGUCCUGCGCCGCCCUGCGCGUCAUCAAGGCGGAUAUGUCGAAUAUCCGCUAUUUCCCCGAAGGCCUGUGUGCCCUGGAGGAGAUCCACGUGGCAGACUGCACGCGCCUGAGCGACUCGUGGCUCCCCGCGUCCAGCGCGCGCAAGGUCACGUACGUCGACGCAACCAACAGCAAUCUCUCGCGGCUCCCCGAUGGCAUGAGCCAGCUUGACACCCUCGACGUCCGGCAGUGUCGGAACCUGGCCGCGGACUGGCUGCCGCUCGGGUCCGCGAAGAGCGUGCGCGUGAUACGCGCCGACGACGCGAACAUCACGAGGAUGCCGCCGGGCCUCGAGAGCCUCGAGGAGCUCGACCUGCGCACGGUGCGGACGCUCAGCGCUGCGUGCUUUCUCCCGGAGAGCAGCAGGGGACGACUGCGAUUCCUGCGCGGGUAUGGAUGCAGCUUGGCGCGGCUGCCAGAGGGGCUGCGGAGCCUGGAGUGCUGCGACGUGAGGUACUGCAGGCGGCUGGCCGCAGACUGGCUGCCCCCGGACUUGUGGGAGAGGGUGGGGAGGUCGCUGAGCAUGCUCGCCAACGACGACUGCGCGCUGCCAGCAGGGCUGCGUGGCGCGGUGUACGUCGACAGCGGGCGCCUGCGGAGGAGGGGGGAGAGCGGAGCUGUCUGA